GGCCGGCUGGCUGGCGCGCGCGGGGAGGCGGGCUUACGUAACCUAGGCGUGCGGGAAGACCGGAGCGAUCCCGCCUAGGUUUGUCCUCUCAGUCGCACCGUCUUCCCCGGGAGCUUCUCAGCUUAGCCGGUAGGCAGUUUCUAUGGCAACCCCACCUAAGCGGAGCCGGGCCGAGAGCGGUAUCAAGAAGAUCGCCAUAGAAGGCAACAUAGCUGCCGGCAAGUCUACUUUUGUGAAUAUUCUCAAGCAAGCCAGAGAAGAUUGGGAAGUUGUUCCAGAACCAGUAGCAAGGUGGUGCAAUGUUCAGAAUUGCCCUGAUGACAAUGAGGAGCUUACUUCCUCUCAAAAGAGUGGUGGCAACUUGCUUGAGAUGAUGUAUGAGAAGCCAGAGAGGUGGUCCUUCACUUUCCAGACUUAUGCUUGCCUGAGCAGAAUCCGGGCUCAACUCAAAUCUUUUGAUGGGAAACUCAAAGAAGCUGAGAAUCCCGUCGUCUUCUUUGAGAGAUCUGUUUACAGUGACAGGUACAUUUUUGCGUCUAAUUUAUAUGAGACGGACUGCAUGAAUGAAACCGAGUGGACUAUUUACCAAGACUGGCAUAACUGGAUGAGCCAGCAGUUUGGCUCAAGUCUUCGGCUGGAUGGCAUUAUUUAUCUCCGAGCUACCCCUGAGAAAUGCUUGAAUAGGAUUUAUGUGCGUGGGAGGGAUGAAGAACAAGGCAUUCCUAUGGAAUAUCUGGAAAAACUUCAUUACAAACAUGAAAGCUGGCUCCAGCACAGAACAUUGCGAACGGAUUUUGAAUACCUGCAAGAUGUCCCUGUUCUAACACUGGACGUAAAUGAAGACUUUAAAGGCAAGAAAGACAGGCAUGAAGAUAUGAUUGAAAAGGUCAAAGAAUUUCUGAGCACUUUGUAGCCAUUCCCGAAACCACACUGAACUUGAGCAUUCCUGGCAUUCAUAUUGCAUAGUUUGCGUUGCCAAUUCUGUUUUUGCUUAAGGUGUCCGAGGGCAGAGUCCAGCUUUCGUUGCAUUGUUGAACCUUUGCAGUGGACUGGUUUUUUAUAGCAUUUCUAUUGUAUUUGGCUUUCUUAGGUGAAGUGUUUGGAAAGACCCGUACCUAAUAUUACAAAUCAGAGUUCAGGGAGUCCUGCGAAAUACAUUCUGCUUGCGACGUAAAUGAAAUAGGUGGAACUGUUUACUUUUCUGGAACUGAAUUCAUGAAACCUGUGUGAGAACGUUGGACCUCUUUGUGCAGUGUGCACACUCACAAGUUGAUUGCGAUACUCAUAAAGUUCCAACAGCAGUGGGAUCAUACUAAAGGGAUACUGUUUCUGCUCACCUUGAUUUUGUAUGCAUGUGUGGUUAGGAAGGGGGACAUAGGGCCUGCAUUUUGUCCAAAGCGGUCUGCGUGUGUAAGGGGUGAUGAUUUCUUUUUUUUAAGCCAUACGCAAAUCAAAAAGCAACAGCAUUGUAGUCAGGUGUGUGUUUGUCUAGAAAUUAAGGCAGUUCUUAAAGGCAAUCCCUGGCCCCCGCUGCUGUUUUCCAAGAUACUGCUUUUGCCUGCUUCUGUAGAGAGGCACAGCAAUCCAACCAGGUCAGGGACGGGGAGAGAAUCACUGAACUGAAAACUUAGCCGAAUCCUGCAGCCUCUUCUUAACUUAAAGCCAAGGCGCUACAUACAGAAAACUAGAGGCAAGAACAUGCCGAGUAGGAUUCCUCCCCUCCUCAAGUGUUUUUAAUGAAUUAUAUCCUAUGGGGGUAGUGGCGGGAUGGGGCCGUUUAAUGACUCCUUGCUUUGUUCCUGAAUUGCCCCUAAAUGUGGUUUGUUUUAAACAUUCCCUUUCCCAUCGGGGCUGUUUGAGGGAAGGGGAGAGUGGGUGGGCAUGUAUGCAUAACAAAUCUCGUACGCACUAAUAACGGGAGUGUGAUGUUUUAUGAAUUUUGCAUCCCUUUGCAUUGACAGAAAGGGAACCUUUGGAAUAACCAUGGCUUGAAUUUUUAUUCUUAGAACUGAUUUUUUAAAAAAAACAUUAAAAGUUACGAAGGAUCAAACCAAUUGUGUAGCCCUCUUGAAAUAUGUAUUUAUUUUAAUGCAAUGUAUUACUGCCUGGAUGUAGUUGGCCUUGAGGUCAUUUUAGCACCCGAAGAUUCUACAGUGUUAGCUCUGUGAUCUGUGUGAUCAUGUUGGAAACUUUUGGCUGAAAUAAAUAUAGAAGCGUCUUCA